UCGGGAGGCGUGAGCCCGGGCAGGAGAAACCGGUGCCGCUUGAGGAUGAAGUCUCCUGUCUAACCCCCUCCGCCCUCCGAACUUCCUGUGCGGCUUGGCUCGCGCGGGAAAGAUUUAUGUUUUGGGUGGGGGGAGAGCCCGCGAGGAGGAGGAGGAGGCGGUGGUGGUGGUGGAGGUAGCGGUUGGUGCAGCAUGGGUGUGAUAGGUGUGCAGCUGGUGGUUACCAUGGUGAUGGCUAGUAUUAUACAGAAGAUCAUACCUCACUACUCUCUUGCACGGUGGCUCCUCUGUAGUGGCAGUCUGCGAUGGUAUCAGCAUCCCACGGAAGAAGAGUUACGCAUUCUUGCGGGAAAACAACAAAAGGGCAGCAAAGGCAGGAAAGACAGGAAAUAUAAUGGUCAUAUCGAAAACAAGCCACUAACCAUUCCUAAAGACAUCGAUCUUCAUCUGGAAACCAAAUCUGUUACUGAAAUGGACACUUUAGCCUUGCAUUACUUUCCUGAAUAUCAGUGGUUGGUGGAUUUCACAGUUGCAGCUACAGUGGUAUAUUUGGUAACUGAAGCUUACUAUAGCUGGAUGAAGCCAUUGCAAGAAAUGAAUAUUAGCAUCGUCUGGUGUCUGCUUGUUCUGGCUUUUGCAAUUAGCAAAAUAUUGUUCUCAUUGACCACACACUACUUCAGAGUAGAAGAUGCAGGAGAAAGAUCACUCUGUGUAACCUUCGGCUUCUUUUUCUUUGUCAAAGCAAUGGCAAUUCUAAUAGUAACGGAAAACUAUUUAGAAUUUGGACUUGAAUCAGGCUUCUCAAAUUUUUCAGAAAGUGCUGUGCAGUUUUUUGAAAAACAGGGAUUAGAAUCACGGGGGCCUGUUUCUAAACUAACAUUCAAACUGUUUCUGGCUGUUCUGUGUUCUCUUAUUGGUGCUUUUUUGACAUUCCCUGGAUUGCGACUGGCUCAGAUGCAUCUGGAUGCCUUGAGUUUAGCACCAGAAAAAAUCACUCAAACUUUGCUGCAUAUAAAUUUCCUGUCACCCCUGCUUAUGGUCUUAUUGUGGGUUAAACCCAUAACGAAGGACUAUAUAAUGAAUCCACCACUGGGAAAAGAAACUGUGCCUUUAAUGUCAGAAGCUACCUUUGAUACUGUAAGGUUGUGGAUUAUAAUUCUCUUGUGUGCAUUACGGUUAGCCAUGAUGCGUAGUCAUCUUCAAGCCUAUCUUAAUUUAGCACAGAAAUGUGUGGAUAAAAUGAAAAAGGAAGUUGGCAGAAUUAGUACAGUUGAACUGCAGAAGAUGGUGGCCAGAGUGUUCUAUUACCUUUGCGUCAUCGCCCUUCAAUAUGUGGCCCCUUUGGUUAUGCUGCUUCAUAUGACACUGCUGUUGAAAACUUUAGGAAACUAUUCCUGGGGCAUUUAUCCGGAUUCUUCUUCAAAUUCUCUCAUGGACAACAGCCCACUGAGAGAUUCAGUAAACUCUGAACCUUCACCUGAUGAUGGAAAGAUGCAGCUAACUGUACUAGAGCUAACAAUGGCACUGGGUAGCCUGAAAAACAUUUUCACUCCGCUCUUGUUCCGAGGACUCCUGUCCUUUCUCACCUGGUGGAUCGCUGCUUGUCUUUUUUCCACGAGCCUUUUUGGGCUGUUCUAUCAUCAGUACCUGACAACAGCAUGACCCAACGAAGAUUUAAAGACAAACAUUUGGAUGUCUGCAUGCCCCAAAAGAGGCAAAAGAAAAUGUGAGGAAAUAACAACAAAGAGAAAAACAUAUCAGUUUUUUUUAAUUUAAAUGCUUCCUUGGAGUUCUCAGACAAAUGUUGUUGGCAAAUGUUGGCAAUCACAAGGGAGUUUUAUAACUGGUUACCUUAAUUGGUAGGUAACUGCUGAAUUAUUCAUAUUGGUUGGUGUUGGUGAGUUGCUUUGAAAUACAUCCAAGGACUUUUGUUUUCAUUAGCUCCAUGUUGCCCUGAAAACACUUGUGUAUUCAGUCAGUGAUUGGCUGACCUUAGUGGUAUUGAGGUACUAGGGUGGUAAUAAUGGCAACAGCUUAGGAAAUGGACUUGCGACUGAGCCAUACAAAGAAGUGGGGAAAAUCAUCCUGUUGGGAGGAAAACUAUGGCUGACUGUUCUCCUUAGGAGCAAAUGUAUCCAACAGGACAAAAAAAAAUACUGUAUAUUACAGUAAAGAAAGCUAUAUGGAAUAGAGAUUAUUGUAAAUUAAAAUGCCUGGACUCGGCAAGUAUUCAUGCCAAAGGACUUAUUUACAUGUUACAGUUAAGGGUGUCCAAGUGCAAUAUUGUGUCACUUGAUUUGGAUGAAUGUUCAGGGGUGUGUAGUUACUGUAGAUUUUAAGAGCUUUCUCCCUGUUUGAGCACAUAUACUUGAAAUAAACCCUUCAUCUGGUAGGGUAUCAUAAAAUAGUAGGGUCUGAAAAUUGUACAAUAACUUAUUGGUCUGUCCUUCACUCCUGCACAUUCAUGCAUUAAAGUAUACAAUAUGUUGUUGCUUCCUUUUCCUGAGGCAUUAUACCCUGUAAUGUAAUGUGUCUGGAAGUCCUGAGAGAACAAUUUUCAUAUUGUAAGGAUAAUAUUAUAAAAUCUAUUGUUUCUGUCUUAACAGUCUUUUUAAAGAUAAUAAAUGGCCAUAUGAAUA